GUCUACAUGAGCAUCGUCAGCUCUCUACUGCCCAGCUCCUCACUGACCACACCAAAGCUGACCCUCUACCUCUUCAUCCUCCUCAUCAUCUCCAUGCUCACCGUUAUCGACAGCAUCAUCAUCGUCUUCCUUAACAACCUAGAAGAAAGAGAGGUUAUACAUCUCAAGGCCCAAGAUAAUUUUAAAUCAGCUUUCAACAAAAUCACUAACCUCCGCAAGGCUGUCGCUCCCAUGUCAACCACGUCUAGAAAUAAAAUCCACGUCCAACCGCAAGGGAAGCAAUCCAUGUUAAAAGUCACUGAAGUGAUGUCAUACAAUGAUGAAUCACCGCCGUAUUGUUCCACGGAGAAAUCAGCCAAUCAGGAUGAAGAGCGGGAGACACCUCGCGUAAACAAGUACAAGAUAAUAGGCAAACACAUAGACGCCAUCUCGUUUGUAGUGUUCUUUGUCAUCUGGAUCUCUGUGACUCUGGGAUUCUUGUUCAACAUCGCUUUUUAGAGUCACAAAAAUACAUCAUCAUUGACUUGAUUUAUGUGACUCUUUGUUUCCUGC